UCCCGCCCCCUGCACACUGGCCGAGCCAAUGUUAGUUAGGAUGCACGCAUUGAAUGAAAGUCAGUGCAGCAGCAGCAGGAGGAGGCUGUGGUCCCACAAUAUCUGCUCACUCAACUCAGCUGACAGCUUGUAGAGCGGGCAGCCGGUGACACUGUGUCCGCGCAGAGAGGAGAGCACGUCGGCAGAAGAAAGGCUCCGAUUAUCGGCGAAACGGGAAGAAGGACAGGGCUGUGCGGGGCAAUGCAGCGGGUCACGGCGCACCUCGUCGCCGGGUUGGUCGCAGCGGUGCUGUCGCUGCUCGCAGAGCAGUGCUGGGCGGACGGCGGGGGCCCCAGCCUCGCCGAACGGGUCAUCUGGGCUGUCAAUGCCGGGGGUGAAACACACGUAGACGUGCACGGGAUUCAGUUCAAAAAGGACCCGUUGGAAGGAAAGCUUGGUAAAGCCUCAGACUAUGGGGUGCGUUUGCCAAUUCUACGCUCCAGUCCAGAAGACCAGAUUCUUUAUCAGACAGAACGCUACAACGAGGACACUUUUGGAUAUGAUGUUCCCAUUCGCGAGGAAGGAGACUAUAUACUGGUUAUGAAGUAUGCAGAAGUUUACUUUGCCCAGUCACAGCAAAAGGUGUUUGAUGUCCGUCUGAACGGCCAUGUGGUGGUGAAGGACCUGGAUAUCUUUGAUCGAGUUGGCCACAGUACCGCUCAUGAUGAGAUAGUGCCUUUCUCUAUUCGACGUGGCAAGCUGAGCGUGCAAAGGGAGGUGUCCACUUUCAACGGCAAGCUCACUGUGGAGUUUGUAAAGGGUUAUUAUGACAACCCAAAGGUCUGUGCGCUCUAUGUAAUGAAGGGAACAUUAGAAGAUGUACCAAAACUUCAGCCUCAUCCUGGCAUGGAGAAGAAAGAUGAAGAUGACAAUGAUGAUGACGAUGAUGAAGAAGGCGAGGAAGGUGGAAAGAAAAAGGUGCCAGCAGGUUCUAAGUACAGGGUCCAGUCAGGUCCCCGAACACCAAACCCAUACGCAGCCGACAACAGCAGUCUAAUGUUUCCCAUCCUCGUGGCAUUUGGGGUGUUCAUCCCCACACUGUUCUGCCUCUGUCGGCUGUGAGCUUAAACUAGCUAUCAAGAAGACGUUAGGAGGACGACACUGACGCAAGACUAUGAAGAGAGAAGGGGAGAGAUGAGGGGGAGGGGGUCAAAGUGACAACAGCAGCACAGGUUGAGCUGAGGGCUCGCAGAAAAUCGACAAAGGCAGGAGGAACAAAAGGAGACAAUAAUUUUUUUGGGGAGGCCACCUCAAGAUGAAGCAAACGCUGCUGGUGAAUUGUACCGGAGGACAGAAAAGGAGAUGUAGGAAGUGUAUGCUGUGCGCUUCUUUGUGAAUGUGUUUCGCAUCCACCUCUGCUGACCCUUUUGAACAAUGUUCGUAAUUUUUCCACUCAUGAGACCGGGCAGGAUUUACAGAUGCCAGUCUUCACGGUUUGAACCACAUCUCAGCAGCUAAGGGACGCUCAGGAGUGAUUGGUCUGGGCCCGUUUUAUAAACUAAAAGCAUUGUUUUGUAUUGGGUGUGGCAAGGAAGCACACUGUUUAACACUCCUGCUACUCUUGCUCAGCAUCUGGUCAUACAUGUUACCUUCUAAUUGGAUAUGGUGCUGCACAGAAAUAGUUUAAAAGAUUAGAAACCAUGAGUCUGACGGUAAACGGAAAUGCAGUUGCCAUUUGAAAGGCGUUAAUUUUUUCUAUUCAAUUUGUUGCUUUUUUUUGUCUGUCCACUCAGAUCUAGUUAGUCCUGCCUUGACGUGCCAUCAUUUGUUUGCUGUACAAUGUUGAAAGAUCGAAAAAAUUCAUGUGGAACUAGCUCUGUGGCCGGCAGGAUUUUUUGCUGUCUGCUGUCUUAACUCAGCUGCCUUUACAGAAAUAUUGGUCGGUUUGGAUAAAUUAGGUCAUUUGAGUGGCCAUAGGAAAAUUAUUCCUCAACAGUAUCAACAAAUUGUCCUUUUUUCCUCUUUUUUUUUAAAGGAUUAAUCAAUUUUAAAUGUCUAAAUUUACACGUUUUGAAGAAUCACUGUACUCGCAUUUAGUAACAGGCAAGUGAGUGAGUCCUGAUUAUCACAUUGCUUUAUUUUAGGUCAUCUUUGCUUUCUCGAUUUGUUUAUCAAUGACGCAUGCCUGCCAUUUUGUUUCACCAAAGAACAUUUUUUUAUUUUGUUGUGACAAGGAAAAUUAGCGGCCUGUUUUUUAAUUUGACAAAUCUGUGAUGUGUGUGGCAAACAGUAGGUUUACUUAAUAAAAAACAGCAUGAAAUUUAUAACGGUUCACUUAGAGGAACAUAAUGUUCCACUUUUAACAUCAGACAGGGAGAGGUCAUUUUAUUUUUCUAUUGAAUACAUAAUGCUGUGUUGACUCUGAUCGGCCAUGAACUUCAGUCCAUGUUAUCAGACUCAAAGAGAGCAGGCCACUGCAGCUCAAUGAUAAUAUAAUAGAUCAGAAGAAUCUACCCGUGCUGCAUGUGUUUGAUACGGAGUCUCUCGGUGUGAACCAAAAGUUCAUCCACCUGCAGCGAGAGAAAGCACAACAUUGGUAUCCGUAGAAAACCAAAUGUUUACCAGAUGUUCCAGAUCAAUUUUCCACAUUCUUCACUUGGCCUUUUCAGAUCUGUUGUCUUUUUUAUUUAAUGUGGACUGUACCAUUUUGUUAAUUCAGUGCAAUUAAGAUGCUUGUUCUGGAUGUUGAACCAACUGGAUAAAACGUUAUCAUUGUGGGGUUUUUUUCUACAUGGCCAUAUUAUCAGUCUACUCUUGAGUUAGUUUCAGCUUUUGGAAAAAGUUAUCCUUUUAUGCUUUAUAUGUGAACUGAAAAGCAGCUUUGUUCUUUUUUUUUUUUUUUUUUAGUGUUGUCUUGUAAAUCCUCCUAUUAAGUAUCUAGUUACUUCCCUUAAGUGCUCAGCUCUUCUCCAAGGACAAUUUUGUAACUUUGCCUGUUUCACUAAUGCGUCUUAAAUUUCCCCGGGCCCCUCACCCAUCCACCCAACCGCCCACCUUAGUAUUGCUGUUGCCAUAUGCAGUACUUGGAAAAACUGUUAAUAAUUCAGUUGUUGCAGAUCCUCCCCCACUCCUCGAUUUCCCCUUCCCAGUUUGAUGGAUUGGCAAGAAGUUGGUGCCAUAAAAUGUUCAGACAGUUGUCUGCAUUUUGGAGGUUUCUGUUUUUUGGUAGUCUUUUUUUUUUUUUCUUGAUUUAAUUUUAUCAGUUGGAAACUCAACACAUAUUCAAGACAGAAGCACCCUUUUCUCCCUAUGUGAAGGUGCAAAAAGUUCAUUCAAUUCAGCACCAAAGUCCACACAGUUGCAUGUGUAUAUAUGGGACAAUAUCACAAGAUUUGUUGUGUGACGACAGUUUUGAUCUCAUCACUUUUGUGUUUUAGCUGAGGUGUUAGGGUUUUUCUUUUUUUCUUUUAAGGAAGACUUUGUGGCCUUUCUUCUGGGGAGAACGGUUGUUGGUACAGAAUAUAAAAAAACUAAAAAAAAAAUUAACAGGCAGCCAGAUGAACUGACUGUCAGAAAAGAGUAACAAAUAAAAGAGAUUACGUCUGAAAAUGUGGGAUCUUCCAUUCUAUUACAUAUAAUUUAAAUCAGAGUGGGGCUGAUCUGGAGAUAUUUUAUAAUACACUUGGAUUUGUAUGUUUGAAUUUUUCCUCAGGAUCUGUUUUGUUUUUGAGUUCUUAAAACGUGAUAUUUUAUUGGUGUGACAUUUUGCACUGCCUCAUGUAUUUUAAUUUUGAUGUGUUUGUCUUUGUUGCCUUGAAUUAUUGAAUACAACGUGCUUUACCAUCAUUCGCCUUGAGGUUGCUUUUUUGUUGGCUUAUAUCAAAUUCGCCUAUUUCUUCUCAGUUAAACCCACAUUUCAGGGAGAGAUCUUUAUUCCACACACACGGCUCUUUUCAGACAUAAGGCUCAGUAGGAUUCUUAUUUGUUCAGACUGUUGUUCACCUCAACUUUUCUAGGAGUAAAGCCAGUCACAAGUGGAAAGGUCUGCCUUUUUCAGACCUGUUGUGGUCAGUACACCUCACAGCUGAAUGAACUGGAGUGGAAUGAAGAUCCUCUCUUUUUUCCCACGAGAACCAAAGAAUUUCUGUCAUUCCAUCAAGAUUCUUUAACAGCGUCUCAAAAUGACACUUAAGGUUUUUGAUUUCUUUCAUUCCCCCCCAUUACCUGGUAAAGCAGUAACAAAAACAGGGGAAGCAAACAUGUCGUUCAAUUUGUCACCACUUAUCCGCCUGCCAUGACACCAUCUUUUAUUUGCUCUGUGAUUGUAAAAAAAAAAAAAAAAAAAUCUUUUUGGAGAACAUUUUCAGCCUGAUGUUAUUUUCCCCUCGUGUCUCAUUUUCAAAGCAGCUGAACGUGUGAGAUGAAUUUAAACUGAGACAGAUUUGAACAGCGAAACUUUAGCCAAUUUAGGCCAUGGUAUGCGUACAUGAAGGGUGAAGUCUGCCACUGGUCACACAGUGGGAGUGUGAGAGACAGUGAGCGUGAAUUAAAAUACGAAACCUAUACUAUAGAUAUACAUGUGUUGGAUAAAGGCAGGUUAUUUUGACGACUGUGUUGACUGAUUUUACUCAGAUGUCAUGUACACCUGCAAAAUGGGAAAUGCUGAUUAAAUGCUGUCUCUUUUUAAUAAAUGUGCUAUUUUAUCAG